AUGUCCACAAAUGCUGUUCUUGGAUUUGAUGGCUCGUUCCUUCGGGAUAACCCCAUACUGGUACAAACAUAUAACAAUUUAGACUGGGAAUCCCAAGAGAGUAUUAUCAAUUUGAUUGGUGUUGUUGAAAAAAUUGUAGUCAAGUACAAUGAUCCCAAUGAAAAUAUCAAGGCUAAUAUUUGCAAGAUAUUUGAACUAAUACUAGAUACAUAUCCGUAUCUGGGUUUGGUAUGGAAAAAAUACACAGCAGUAAAGUACCAGCUAUACGGAUUGGAAGAUUCAAUAAAGGUUUUAGAAACUGCUGUGAAGGCUUUCCCUGACUCUGUGGAGUUGUGGUGCGAUUAUCUUAGUGUCCUCGAGGCAAAUAAAACAGGAUCGGUGGACGAGAGGAGAUCAAAAUAUCAGACUGCCAAAGAUAAUAUUGGCUACAAUUUUCUUUCCCACCAAUUUUGGGACAAAUACAUUCAGUUUGAGACUACUCAGGAAGAUUGGGAAGCGGUGAUGUCAAUUUAUCAUGAACUUCUGAAGAUACCACUUCAUCAAUAUGCUAAAUACUUCAAGGCAUACAUGGCCUUCAAUUCCUCAGAAGGUUCAAAGAAACUCACAAAGGAAGAUAUUACUAAAGAAUUACAAAAAACACAGACUCUUGUAAAUAGUAUAUGGAGAUUCGAAUCUCAAAUCAAACACGCCUUUUUUAGUGUCAACGGUGUCUCGCAAGUGGAAGCAAAGAAUUGGAAACAAUACCUCAGUUACAUAAAAGAACAAGACAUCGAUAUCAAAAUUAUCGAAACUACCUAUAGAAGAUGCUUGAUUCCUUGUGCGAAAGAGGAGUUUUUUUGGUUGGCAUAUAUAUCAUGGCAAAUGAAUCAGAAGUAUCCAUCAACAAGAGUUUUAUCUAGUUUUCAGAAAGCUAUCAGGCUAUUACCUUCGUCUGCGACAGAAAUACGAAAUUUAAACCUAUCAUACAUGAGUGAAAGAUACCGAGACUCCCCAGAUAUUUUUUAUGAAAGCUACUGUGAUACACUAGAAAGUUUAAUCAAAGACUAUCCAUCUGACCAUUCUCUGAUCUGGAAACUGUUGAAUAUGAUUAAGCGCCAUAACUAUGGGAAUAAGUGGGGUGAUGACAGUAAGGAAAUAUUACAAAAACAAAAUCUGUACGCAAAAUUUCUGGAAACGAAAUUAUCUGCCUAUUUACAGAACAGUUAUAGAAAAACUGAUACCCUAACGAGAAUACUAAAUGAUGGAAAUGUUAGUGUUCUAAUCGUAGCACUCAUAAAACUCACAUGGCUGGUCUUGAAAAAUAAAAUUCAGACCAGAAAAUACUUCACACAAUAUGCCCGCCUUCCUUUGGUCAAAAAUUCAUCCCAAUUUUGGGUACUACUGUACCAAUUUGAGAAAUCAGAGAAAAACUUCAUCAAGCUCAACGCAUUAAUAAAAACUUUGAGUUACAAUAAUACACUACCAUUAACCAUAAAAAAUGAUAUUUUUGAAGAUUACCGCCAUUUUUACAUGCUGAAUUGUGAAAUAGACGACAAUCGUAACCUCACAGUGUUUGAUGAUCCACUCUUACUGUCCAUCCUGGGAAUAAACGAACCACGAGUCGGAACAAAAGGGGCACAAUCUGUUUCCCAACGAGAUAAUGGACACCCCGGUAUCGCUACAAACAACCCAAUACACAAGAACUCACUAAUACUGAAUAACUCCAGUAAACUCAGUCAAUUUGGACAACCAUUACCGAAAACAAUUAGCGUGGACAAAUUGUUCAGCGCACCAAAAUACAUGGACUACUAUACUAGUGACUUCUUGAACAAAAGGUAA